UUGAAUUGGUUAGAACUGUUGCUAAGGCCAGACAGCGUGUAUACUUUCCGAAUAGUCUUUAUUUUGUUAAAACUAAAAGCAAAAGAGAAAGCAUAAUUUAGCGACAAUUAUGUCAGUAGUUUUAUUUAAUGUACAUGUAUCAUAUUAUUAUAUUGGAUUUACAUUAUUCAUACAUUUGAUAGGAACAUUUUGUCAGGAAUGUCAUCUUAGAAGCUUAAGAGUGGACCCUGAUCAUAUCAAUGCUCGAUUGCAUGGAUAUACAUUUAUUACGUUUGAAAACGUUGGGGCAAAUGCAUGUUUUGAUAAAUGCAUUCGUCGGAGAAGAUGUCUUUCUUUCAAUUACAAAGAAGAAGAACGCCACUGCGAAAUAAACGAGAAAAACGUCGAAACCGACUUAGUUGAAGGAAUUGGUUAUGUGCAUGUAAACAUACAGCAAUACAGAAAUUUUUCCAGAUAUGACCCUUGUUCAAAAAUAGGAAAUUGUCAAGUCGGCGAAAUCUGCCAAACUAUGAGGGACGGCGAAACAUUUUGUGUUAAAGACAUCAAUCAAAUGCAGCCAGUUACUGACUGUAGUGGAUUACACCCAGAUCUUCCAAGUGGUACUUAUGAAAUACGACCGAACCAUUUUCAUGUCUUGAAAGUUUAUUGUGAUCAGAAUACAUCCGGUGGUGGUUGGACGGUGCUUCAAAGAAGAAGAGAUGGAUCUACUGAUUUUUAUCGUGGCUGGACAGAUUACGAAAAUGGUUUUGGUGAUCUUCAGAAUGAAUUCUGGUUAGGAAAUAAGAAUAUUCAUGCUAUAACUUCCCAAAGGCAGUAUCAGUUACGAUUUGACCUUGAAGAUUUUGAAGAAGAAAACAGAUACGCUAUUUACAGUACAUUCAACAUUGGGAACGCCUCUUCUGAAUAUCAACUGACAAUCCAGGGCUACACAGGAGAUGCUGGUAAUGCCAUGAGGGAUCAUGAAGCUAGCAGCUUGAACGGAAAAAAGUUUACAACAAAAGACAGGGACAACGAUUUUUACCACUCUAACUGCGCAAUAUCACGCCAUGGCGCUUGGUGGUUUAGAUCUUGUACCUAUUCUCAUAUGAAUGGUCUGUAUCGAACGGACGCAGCAGAAGUUGAAUCUACAAUUCACUGGUAUACUUGGCAUAAUCGCAGAGCAUUAAAAAGAACAGAAAUGAAAGUGAAGCCUAUCUUGUAAUGCUGACUUCAUAACGAUGUGCACAAAUACCAUUUUUCUCGUGGGCCAUAUUUUCGAUUGAUAAAUAAUAAAAUGAUAAAUCAAACGAAAGGUGAAAUACAUAUUAAGUAUAUUUUUCACGAAUUAUGAAUAAUGUAUUUCAGAUUCAGUUUAACAAAGCUCGUUGGUAUUUAACAACGUAAAAUACAACUGCUGCUUUAAAUACAAUAUGUGACGACAAAAAUAAAUGAAAGCGAACAUAUUUAUUGUGCUUGGUAGCUUUGUGUAGUGUAAAAAAUAAUUUUAUGAAAUAUUAAACAAAUGAUCAA